CAGAGGAAGGAAGCAGAGGGGGGCGCUCGGCGAGGGAGGCGCACGCACUCUCCGCUCGCUCCCACUCCUCCCUUCUUCCUCGCCUCCGUCCGUCUUAUCGUCCCCUCCCCAAAUCCCGACUCCCAAAACAAAUCCAUCCCCCCUUCCCCGCCGGCCGCUCGCAUCGCCGGCGACAUCGCCAUCUUCCUCCGCAAGCUGACACCAGGCGGCGCGCCCUCUCCUGUUCUUCGGCUGGCACUGGACUAGCACGGAGUGGGGAUCGAUCGCCCGCCGGCCGGCCUCUCCGUCCCCUCGCCCACAGAUGAAGGAAGCCUUUGAUCCGCCCGCCUCGGUGGCGGCAGCAACGCCAGAAGCAGAAAACACUGCAUCCCUCUUCACCAAGAAAAACAUCUGGAGCGGCGCGGCUGCUGAGGGAGACGACGAUUCCUCGCCUUGGCCAUGGGACGGCGUGAAAAGUGAAGAGGAUGCUGAUUUUCUUUCUCAUGCAAACAGGGCUUUGUCAUUUCUGGAUUAUGAAGCAGAGUCUUCGGAGUGCAAGUAUGCUACUGACAUUGGGUCACAUGUAUAUCCCAAGGAAGCAAUGUCACCACGAAGUGAAUAUGAUAGGCAGCGGCCUUACCUUCCUUUAUCGAGCUGUUCUUGGGAUUCUUCUUCAUCACUGGAAGCGAUGUCAGGCAAUCGAGAUGCAUCAGGUCAUGUAAUGGCAAAAGGUGGAACCAAAAGUGAUAUCUUUGCGCCAAGGCAUGAUUAUCUUACGUCAUGUCCUACUACUGGUCCUCACAUGAGAAGAUCGUAUACUGAAGCAGCUAAAGUUGAUUGUAGCUUCGAUUGUCACCCAGAGCAUCACUACAAAGGAUUGGAUCGAUUUACUCCCUUCGCAAACUGCAAUGGUCAAUCUAUUGAAUGCCGCAGUGAGAUAGUUGAUAUGCCCAGAGGGGGCCGCUGUGUUGAUGAGGCUACUUCGUUUUCAAGUCGAUGGUGCUUCAAAAAUGGGGGCCGGGGCUCUUCACUACCUGGAGGGCUGACAUAUGGCGAUGAGAUCCCUUCUCUGUCUAGUCGGAGGUGUAAUGGCAAUGGGGUGCUUUCACGCUCAAGCCAAUGGCAUUAUGGUGCUGAAAUUUCCUCGCUCUCAAGUAGGCAAGGUUAUGGCGAUGAAAUCCCUUCUCUGUCUAAUCAGAAGUUUAAUGGCAUUUCACGCUCAAAUCAUUGGAACUACAGUGCUGAAAUCCCCUCUCUCUCAUGUAGACAGAGUUAUCGUGAUGAGAUCCCUUCUCUGUCUUCUCAAAAGUCUAAUGGCAUUUCAUACCCAAGACAAUGGCAGCAGUAUGGUGCUGACAUCCCCUCGUUCUCAAGUAGACAAGGUUAUGGUGAGGAGGUUCCAACAAUGUCUCACCAUUGGCGCUACCGAGAUAAGAUACCUUUGUAUUCUGGUCAGAGGUGCCAUGAUGCCGAGGCACGUCGAUUAUCAAGCUACCAGCAAGGUCCUUUUCGUGGGAACAGGCAGCCAAGAGACAGUUUUGCCCAUGGUAUUGUCAGUAAUCAGCAAGCCAAGAUGACUGCAACCAGACAUACUGGCACAAGACCACGGGUGUCUAACAGAGUUGUAAACAGCACUAGCAACUACAGAAAUGGCAGGAGGGAUAACCCACCGAGAAAUUCUGAGGAAAUAAGGGACCAAGUUUGUGGUCCCCGUGCAAGUAAAGUGAAUAACACAUCAACACCGACUGUGAAGAAAGAUAUCUUGAGCCCAUUGGUCCGUAGAGACCAAUUUAACAAAUCGGACUUCUCAAUCCAGUAUGAGCAUGCCAAGUUCUUCAUGAUAAAGUCAUAUAGUGAAGAUGAUAUUCAUAAAGGUAUCAAAUACAAUGUUUGGGCAAGUACACCGAAUGGGAACAGUAAGCUGGAUACUGCUUUCCAUGAUGCCCAGAUUUUAAUGAAGGAAAAGGGUACAAAAUGUCCCGUCUUCCUCUUGUUUUCGGUUAAUACCAGCGGGCAGUUUGUAGGAUUGGCUGAGAUGUUAGGUCCUGUCGAUUUCAAGAAGACCAUGGACUUCUGGCAACAAAAUAAAUGGAAUGGCUUUUUCCCUGUUGUUUGGCACAUUAUAAAGGACAUUCCGAAUAGGCUCUUCAAACAUAUCACCCUAGAAAAUAAUGACAACAGACCUGUUACAUUCAGCAGGGACACUCAAGAGAUUGGCCUGCCCCAGGGUCUGGAAGUGUUGAAAAUUUUCAAGGCUUAUCGCCAUGGAACAUCAAUUCUGGACGACUUUGACUUUUAUGAAGAAAAGGAAAACACUCGCUGUGCACGGAAGGGAAUAAAUGCAGACUCGUUACAUGAAGCCAGACUAUCUUACUUUGGAACAGAUGACUUGAAAUCAAUGGGAGACAUCGAGGUGAACAUGGAGAGCCUGAACCUCCACGAGCCGUGGGACUAAUCCGGACGGUUCUUCACCAUGUCGCAAAAAAAUUGACGAGCCAUUGACGCGGUCGAACGAGAAACGUUUGAUCCGACGAGUGGGCGCUACUACACAAGUUAACCUGAAAUAUGCUAUAGAAUGUUUGUACUUUGUAUGGACCAUAUAUAGUUUGCCGGUAAACACAUACCAUAUAUAUCUAGUUUCCGUCGUCGGGGUAAGAUAGUUUUACAAAUCGGUACAACAAUCAUGUGGUGACUGCCAUGUGUGUCCGUUUGGUUGGUUGUAUGUGGCUGAUGGAAUAUUUUGGUUGACACAAGGAUUGAACCAGCAAAUGAUAUAUAUCUAAGGUUGCAUGUAGCAUGCCUGUUAGGGGUUAUCAUUUUCUGUGAGCUUA